UCGCGAUAACAGCACAGAUCUUGUUCUCGGAAAGGAGGGAGUUCGAAGUAAUGCUAGCUAGCUGUUGUUACUAUCUAUAACUACCUAACUAGUCAACUUUUUUUAAACGUCAAGUGCCAAGACUAGCUUUGCUCCAGGCGCAUGCGUCGGAUCAGCAAUACUGAAAUAGAGUUGUGCAUCCGAAUGGACCAGCGUAUAAGAAGCUACAGCAACCGUGUAAACAGUGGACCACCAUGGACAUUGAGGAUGACACGACGGUGUUCUCCACUCUGAAGUCCUUUAAGAGUUUCAUCUCUCUUCCGGACACGUCUCGGAACCAGGGAGAACCCGCCCCGGUGCAGAGCCACAUCCUGCAGAACCAGUACCUGCAGAGAUUACAGUUGCUGGAGGCAGCAGAGAAGGUUCAGUCUAAGACCCAGCUGAUCCAGUUGGAUCAGGAGAAGAGACAGAUGGAGAUCAGUCACAAGAGAGCACGCAUCGAACUGGAGAAGAACGCUACGCUGAGCGCUAGGGACUUUGAGCGUGAGGUGGACCGUAACCAGGACCUGCUGGGACGUAUCAGACGCCUGGAAGAGAGGGAGGCGGAGUCUAGCCAGAGCCUAUCGGAAAAGGCAGAGGCAAACCGUGCUCUACAUCGGACCCUGGAGUCUCUCAACAGGAGGGUGGAGGAGAGGGAUGGAUGGCUCAACACCUCUAACCAGACGGUGAGCGGUUUAAAGGAUGAGAUCCGGGACCUGAAGCAGCAGGUCCAGACGCGGGACAACACCAUCUCUAACCAGACACUGGAGAACCAGGGACUACAGGAACAAGUGGAGCUACAACACAGGAAGUACCAGGAAGUGUCUCAGCGGUGCCAGGCCCUCCAGUUAGCAUCAUCCACCUGCUCCGACCACGAACUCAAGAUUAAGGAGUUGGAGAGGAAGUUGGCUCUGCACGAGCAGGAUGUUGUCAUAGUGAAGAACAUGAGGUCAGAGGUCGCUAGGGUCCCGGAUAUGGACAAGGAGCUCCGACAGCUAAGGGAGGAGAAUGUUUACCUCAGGGAGACGAGGGAGAACGUGAUCCUGCUGAAGGAGGAAACGGAGGGUUUGAGACGUAAGGUAGAACGGAUGGAGAAGAUGAAAGAGGAGAUGGUGAACGUGGAGCUGGAGAAGGAGAAACUGUCUCAGAAACUGCAGGCCUGGGAGAACCUGGGACAGUCUACUGGACUCAACAUACGGACACCAGAGGAUCUGUCCAGAGAGGUGAUUCAGAUCCAACAACGAGAGAUCGCUGUCAAACAACACAACUACACUCUCACCAGCAGCUGUAGGUCAGUGGAGCGUUCUAAGGCUGACCUCCAGGGGGAGCUGUUGUCGCUACGUUCUAAAGCUCUGGAAGAACAGAAGAAGAGGGAGACCCAGGAAUCACUGGUCAGACGACUACAGAAGAGAGUGUUGCUGCUCACCAAGGAGCGAGAUGGGAUGCGUGCUAUCCUGGAGUCCUAUGACAGUGAGCUGUCUUCUAGUGACUACACUCCUCAACUCAGCCGCAGGCUCAGAGAGGCAGAAGAUGUACUGACCAAGACUCAGAACCACAAUACAGAGAUGGAGGUUCUGUUGACUAAAGCCCAAGAGGAGUCUGGGGCCCUCAAACUACAAGUACAGACUAUGGAGUUGGAGCUGGAGGUUAUGAAGAAGCAGCAAGACUCCGUCGCCGAGGGCAACCCCUUAGCAACGAACGAGGAAGUCAACACACUCCGGCUGAAGAUUGAGGAGUUGGAGGGAGAGCGACAACGUCUGGAAGAACAGAACAAUGUUCUAGAGCUGAGGCUGGAGAGACACAACUUACAGGGAGACUACAAUCCGGUCAAAACCAAAGUCCUCCACUUCAGUCUGAACCCUACGAGCAUGGCCAAACAGCAGCGUGUGGAGGAAGUGGAGGCGCUGAGGGCAGAAGUGGAGUGUUUGAGGGAACGCCUCCGCUCACUGCAGACAGGGGGCGCUGUCCCUCUUGCUGCUGCUGCAGGAGAGACCAGCCUCAGUCUGCCUCCCUCACAGGAGGUCCUGGAUCUGCGUAAACAGAUGGAAACAGCUGAACUGAAGAACCAGCGGUUGAAGGAGGUGUUCCAGAGGAAGAUUCAGGAGUUCAGGACGGUGUGUUAUGUUCUGACCGGCUAUCAGAUAGACAUCACUACUGAGAACCAGUACAGGCUGACCUCUGUCUACGCUGAACACAUGGAUGACUCUCUACUGUUUAAGGCCAGUGGAGGCGCUGUGGGCAGUGGAGGCAGUAUGCAGCUGAUGGAGACAGACUUCAGUCGGACCCUGAGAGAGAUGGUGGACCUCCACCUGCACCACCAGAAGAGCAUCCCAGCCUUCCUCUCUGCUGUGACCCUCGACCUCUUCAGCCGACAGACCACGGUCUGACUUGACCCUCGACCUCUUCAGCCGACAGACCACGGUCUGACUUGACCCUCGACCUCUUCAGCCGACAGACCACGGUCCGACUUGACCCUCGACCUCUUCAGCCGACAGAACACGGUCCGACUUGACCCUCGACUUCUUCAGCCGACAGACCACGGUCUGACUUGACCCUCGACCUCUUCAGCCGACAGACCACGGUAUAACUUGACCCUCAACCUCUUCAGCCGACAGACCACCGUCUGACUUGACCCCACCCCCGGGGUUGAGGGUGUCCUGUGAUGUUAUAUGACCUGUGACCUCAUUGUUUGACAUGUGAUGUCAUUGCCUUGACCUCUUCACAUAAUGGUUAAGGUUAGGAUUGGGGGCUAGCUGAUCCUAGAUCUGUCAUUGUUUUCCCUACCUGUGAUGUCGUCAUGUGACCUACGACCUCCCUAUCUGACCUGUGACGUCAUGGUCUGACUGACACAGCUGUGCGAUGGACUCUGAGGAUAAUAAUAUAAAGUUAAAUAAACGGAGUCGCUGUCUAGACUUGUAUUGAUGUUUCUCCACAGGAAGUUAUUACCUUUACAACAGCCUAUCAUUAUUGUUAGAUGUGAUGGAGGUGUUUAGGAUGACGUUAUUAUCUUUACAACAGAAUAUCAUUAUAGAUGUGAUGGAGGUGUUUAGGAUGACGUUACCUUUACAACAGAAUAUCAUUAUAGAUGUGAUGGAGGUGUUUAGGAUGACGUUACCUUUACAACAGAAUAUCAUUAUAGAUGUGAUGGAGGUGUUUAGGAUGACGUUACCUUUACAACAGAAUAUCAUUAUAGAUGUGAUGGAGGUGUUUAGGAUGACGGGGAGAAGAGGAAACAAGGGCCUUUUGUUGACAUCACACUUCAUUACGUUCAUUCUCUUAGUCUGUCACAAAUGCCACCCUAUUCCCUACAUAGUGCACUAAAAGAGCCUGAAAGUAGUGCACUAAAAGAGCCUGAAAGUAGUGCACUGUAUAGGGAUUAGGGUGACAGCCUGUGUCUUUAUAUAGUGUUGAUCUCUGUAACCUUCAGUCAGAUGUUCUGUUAUUGUUUCACUACUUCCUGUGUUGAUCUCUGUAACCUUCAGUCAGAUGUUCUGUUAUUGUGUCUCUACUUCCUGUGUUGAUCUCUGUAACCUUCAGUCAGAUGUUCUGUUAUUGUUUCACUACUUCCUGUGUUGAUCUCUGUAACCUUCAGUCAGAUGUUCUGUUAUUGUGUCUCUACUUCCUGUGUUGAUCUCUGUAACCUUCAGUCAGAUGUUCUGUUAUUGUUUCACUACUUCCUGUGUUGAUCUCUGUAACCUUCAGUCAGAUGUUCUGUUAUUGUGUCUCUACUUCCUGUGUUGAUCUCUGUAACCUUCAGUCAGAUGUUCUGUUAUUGUGUCUCUACUUCCUGUGUUGAUCUCUGUAACCUUCAGUCAGAUGUUCUGUUAUUGUGUCUCUACUUCCUGUUUGAUCUCUGUAACCUUCAGUCAGAUGUUCUGUUAUUGUGUCUCUACUUCCUGUUUGUAUCUCUGUAACCUUCAGUCAGAUGUUCUCUUGUUAUUUCACUACUUCCUGUUUUGAUCUUUGCUCGAAAGUUGUUGUUUUCAACAGAAGGUUCAUAUGGCUUCAUGUUGGACACACCCGCAUGUCAUUUUAAACACAAUUAUCAUCUUGUUAUUUUCUUGUAAAUGGAAAGCGGAGAAAAAGGUCGAACCUGAAAUGAAUUGAUUUGUAAUUAGAACAAACAGCUCUGUUACUUCUUACCUCUCAGUUUGUUUUGUUUUCUGAAUCCCAUUUCUGAGUCAAUCUACACUGAACAAAAAAAUAGAAACGCAACAUGUAACUUAUUUAGCAAACAUUUCUCUACCAUGAGCCGCCUCCGAUGUCGUUUUUAGAGAAUUUGGCAGUACGUCCAACCGGCCUCACAACAGCAGACCGUGUUACCAUGCCAGCUAAGGACCUCCACGGCUUCUGCAUCGGCAGGAUCGUCUGAGACCAGCCACCCGAACAGCUGUUGAAACUGAGGAGUAUUUCAGUGGCUGCGCCCAGUCAUGUGAUGUAGAUUAGGGCCUAAUGUAUUUAAAUUGACUGAUUUCCCUCUAUAAACUGUACCUCAGAACUGUUGUGUUUUAAUUUCUGUUCAGUAUAAUUAUGACGUACGCGUGGAAUGUAAUUUCAGACAUGAAUUGAGUUAAUAAAGAACGAAUCUAACGAGA